AAAUGAACCACUCUAAAAAGAAAAAAAACUGUACUUCAAACAAACUGGGCACUGCAUACACCUGAGGAUCUGAAGAACAAGGAACGCUUCACUAACUUGGCAGAAAAAAAUUAAGAUGAGCACUCAUUCGUACGUUCUCGUUUUAACCCUGUUUUUGGCCUUGUGCGCGGUAAAUGGACACGGAAAACUAUUGACAGGGACCUGUGUGAAGGCAAAGAUGGCCGCUUGUAAUAACGUCGUCAAAAAGGUUUUUAUGAAUGCGGCUGCAGAUACUCAAGAGUUACGAGUAUACUGCAAUGCUAUGAAGGCGCUCUUCUUGUGUGUUAAAAACCAACUUGGAGACACCCAAAACCCAUGUCGAUCCGACACACUGAGGAAGUACCAUUUUAUCGUGUUAGCGUAUCUUGGAAUGGACAAGAUUAUGGGCACGUGUACUCAAGAUGUCAGUGAAAUCAAAGCAAAAAUACUGGAUGACUUGGCUCCAGACUCAAUCGAGAUCGCCGAAGAUUUUGUCGAAGAAGCUUUUGAAGACAAUCCAAAAGUCUCAGAAUGUGCCAAGGCUGCCCACCACCAGUGUGUCAAAAUAUUCACCGGGCUGGAGAAACAAUCCGAUAACCUGUGUUUUGGAGUGAGAGACUUCAUUAGGUGCUACCAGGUGAAAAAGUGUGUCACUGACAAAAUCAGUGUAUCUUUCGCAAGGCUCAUCUCUAAAAUGAGUGACGAGUUGAUCAACGCAUUUGAAGCCAAUUCUAUGUGCGUGGUCGAGAAAGAGCUUUAGUAGUGAAAAUCGAUUGUAUUCCUGAACCAUUCCUAUAUAGUACAGUAGCCUUAAAGUAGUUUUUUAUUCAGGGCGCAUUAGCAUCAUUCCUGCAUGCAACGUGCAACGUGCAACACGCAACACGCAACACGCAACAUGCAACACGCAACACGCAACAAGACCUUCACCAACCUUUUUUGAAGCUUUGGCUUACAGAACAGAACGAAGGCUAGAAACAAAAAAACAAAAAAAAAACAAAAAAACAAAAAAAACAACAACUAUGCGUCCUGAAUAAAAAUAGUGUGUCAAUGCUGUCAAUAUAUUGUAUGAUCAUCAGGAAAUCAGUAAAAUAAAGAGUAUAGACAAAAGACAA